AAUGACGUAUUAAGUAUGCGACCGGAUCUAGAUUCUCCCCACGUGAAAUCAGUGCGGCAGCAGAACAGCAGGGACUAUGGCGUCUCUGGCAGCCCAUGGGGAGAAUUUGGCGGUGUGCUGUGGCAAAAAUCUCAUUGCCAUUCACAACAAACAGGACCGAGAGCCAUUUGUAUUCGACUGCAGUAAGGCGGAGCAGAAACCCAAGGAGAGCGAUAAUAAAAGUGAGGACGGGGGUUCGGAGGAGAAAGGUAGCGACCGAAUCCUAGCGUUUGCCUUCUCCACAUCCGGCAGCCUCCUCGCGCUCACAGAUGACAACAAGCGUCUCGUACUCUUCCGAACACAUCCUUCCUGGGAGUGCGUCAGUACCAGGUGGGUGGUGAGGAGGUGCACGUCCUUGCAGUUUACUUGGGCUGAAGACCAGGUGCUUGUGGCAGACAAGUCUGGCGAUGUCUAUUCUUUCUCCGUGUCCGAGCCAGAGAAGCCAGGCGAACUGAAACUGGGGCAUCUGUCCAUGCUGCUGGGUGUUGCCGUGAGCCCUGAUGACAGAUAUGUCAUCACUGCUGACCGUGACGAGAAGAUUCGCGUCAGCCUUUUGAGUUUGCCCCACAACAUCCAGUCCUUCUGCUUGGGCCAUUGCGAGUUUGUCAGCUGCCUGUCCAUCACUCUGGCACAUCCACAAUGGCUGCUCUCUGGGUCUGGGGAUGGGACAGUGAAGCUGUGGGAGUACGAGUCGGGGCGGCGCCUGCAGAGCUUGGACCUGAAGGAGCCGAGAGCAUCCCAGCCCUCCGACGGUGACACUGACAAGAGGGCAGCCGUGAGCAGGAUUGCGGUUUCUCCAGACGGUCGUCACGUGGCGGUGCUGUGUGAGAGUGUACUCGCAGUGCAGCUGUUCCGGCUGGAGAAGGCUCCGGAAGGCCAGCUCACGCCUGGGGAGAGGCUGGCCCUCUCUCAUUGCGUCUGGGACCUGACCUUUGAUCCUUCAGGCCGGCUGUGGGUCCUACAGGAAAGCAAAGAGACCCCCAUUAUACUGUACUCAUACACACAGGACUGCUGGAAGUGUUGUGCAGAGGAUCCUGGCUUGAAGAGAGUUUUGGAGGUUUUGCGCUCCCACUGGGACAGGUUUCAAGACUCUGUAGGUGUGGAGAGCUGUUUCAAGCACUUGUACAAGGUGAACUUUGACAACAUGGCUACCUACCUGCAGAGGAAGCAGGAGAGGAUCCAGAAACUUCAACAGAAGAAAGCCAAGAAGAGGGCAGGACAGCCCCCACAAUCCAAUGGGGCCAGCAAAAAGAAGAAAGCCAAGAAGAGGGGUGGGGCUAGGCCAGUGGUUUCCAGCUGAGAUUUUUUUUUUUGGAGGGGGGGACUUGUAAAUCUGGGGUGCUGUUUACCGAACAUAACUGAAUCUUAAAGGGAUUAAAGAACAAGAAAAGAACUGUUUUCUUUUUGCCUCCAAAACCCUGAAGGUUCAUGAGUUGUUUAAUUAUGAUUUGGAUUUAUGAAUAUGGGUUUGUGUUUAUGUAGUUUUUAGUUGGAUCCUUUUUAUUGUAAUAAACAUUUUCUUCUCUGA